GCUCCCGAUCACACAAUUAAUUCUUUUAUAUCGCAAUUUGUGGGCAUUAUUACAAUUAGAGGACCCAAAUAUUACUAAAACGCAUUAAAUAAUGUAAAUAUGAUGCGUGAUAAUGAUUUAAUUUCGUGGUUUCGCUAUUAGUGCGUGUUCCAUGGUUAGUUCCCGUUCCGCGGUUGGCAAUUCGCUUGUUGCCAUUUCUCCCUAGUGUCAAAAUGACGACGUCCGAGCAAAUCGGACUAAACAAAACAUGGGAAUUGUCCCUUUACGAGCUCCACCGCACCCCCCAGGACGUCAUAACCGACAACACCGAGAUCGCCGUGUCCCCCCGCAGCCUCCACAGCGAGCUCAUGUGCCCCAUCUGCCUCGACAUGCUCAAGAAGACCAUGACGACGAAAGAAUGCCUCCACCGCUUCUGCUCCGACUGCAUAAUCACAGCCCUGCGCUCAGGGAACAAGGAGUGCCCCACCUGUCGCAAGAAACUCGUCUCGAAGCGCUCGCUGCGCCCCGACCCCAACUUCGACCUCCUCAUCUCGAAAAUCUACCCCAGUCGCGACGAAUACGAAGCCCACCAGGAGCGAGUCCUGGCCAAGCUGAACAAAAGCCACUCACAGGCCGCUUUAGUCAACUCAAUCACCGAAGGCAUCAAAAUCCAGUCACAAAACCGCCCCAACCGCUCGCGCAAAAACAACGAAGUUGAGCGAAAUCAAGGGGAAAACCCCGAAAAUCCCGUGCCUCCGAAUGAAAACACAGUCGGGGCCCCGCAGCCCGCGCCCGGCGUCGUGAACAACGGGAGCCCCGCGCCGUCGGGGCGCAGCACCCCGUCGCAGCCGCCUAGUCCCGUCUCGUCCAACGUCAGCUCGAUCAGCAAGUCGAUAAAGCGCCCCAAAAGCACGCUCACGUCCGAACGAAGCGAGGAGAGCGAGUCGAGUGAGCGCACCGAGCAGACGGACACGGAGGGCGAGGGCCCCUCGGAACCCAUGACUUUGAAUGAGAUCGAGCUCGUUUUUAAGCCACACCCGACGGAAAUGUCCGGUGAUAACCCCCUUGUUAAGGCUUUGAAGGAGAACUCAAUCAGAUAUAUUAAGACAACGGCAAAUGCCACUGUUGACCAUUUGCAUAAGUAUCUAGCGAUGAGGCUAACGCUCGAUUUGGAUUCGCAAUUACCGACGACGCAUAGUUUGCUUAAUUUUUGUAUUUAUAUCUCGCCAACGGCUGGACAGUACGUGCAGUUGAACGGGAACCAGACUUUGGGGCAAGUCAACGACAAGUACUGGAAGGUGAAUAAGCCCUUGGAGAUGUACUACUCGUGGAAGAAGACAUAGGGAACGCGGAAGGGGGGCACCAAGGCCCCCUAAUAAGGCAUUUGUACGGUGUAAUAUUUAAUAAAAAAUAUUUAAUGUGAAAAAA